UGUGUUUAGGGAAGCGGUGACGGGCGGCUUCUUCUUCUUCCCAUCAUCCAUUCACAGCAUUUCUGUCAACAAAGCCUGUAUGUUAUCACCUCACAGCGGACAGACGGAGCGAUGUUGACGGCGCACUUUGGUUCAUUGUGUCCGCUGAGGGAUUGUUGAUGCACCAUGAUCCCUGUGCCUCUGCUGGUGUGUGUGGUGGCAGUCUGGUGUACGGUCUAUCUCGCCGACACACUGCUGAGGUCGUCAGCGACACACCGGAUCAGCUACGAGUCAUGGCUGGCGAGUCGGGGGCUGAUGCUGUCUCCUUUCCACGUGAGAUGGCAGACCACCAUGUUCAACCGGCUGUUUGCAUACUGCGCACGCAUCAACCCCCGAGCCCUCUACCUGUGGUUCAGCAGCGGUCUGGUGUUUGGUAUAGUUUCCAUGCUGGGGUCAGUGGUGCUGCUGGUGAAGACGCUGCAGCAGACGCUGGCUCAGAUGACCACAGACAACCCUCGGAUGGGAGGUCAGCAGACCCUGCAGGUGGUGAUCCCAGGUGUCAAUCUGCCAACCAGUCAGCUGGCGUACUUCUUCACCGCCCUGCUGCUCAGUGGAGUUAUACAUGAGCUAGGCCACGCUGUGGCAGCAUUGAGGGAGCAGGUGCGUGUUAAUGGCUUCGGUAUGUUCAUGUUUGUGGUGUAUCCCGGUGCGUUUGUGGACCUCUUCACCACACAUCUCAACCUUAUAUCACCCAUUCAGCAACUCCGUAUCUUCUGUGCCGGAGUGUGGCACAACUUUGUCCUGUGUGUGGCAGCAUUAGCUGUCCUCUUCCUGUUGCCUCUCUUUUUGUUUCCAAUGUACUUCACCGGUGCCGGGGCGCUGGUCACUGAGGUUGUGCAGGGCUCUGCUGCUGAAGGUCCCAGGGGCUUAUCAGUCGGGGACAUAGUGACGGCCCUGGAGGACUGUCCAGUCAGAGGAGUGGAGGAAUGGAGCAGCUGCCUGUUUCACCUCUCCCACACCCCACAAACUGGAUACUGUGUCCCCACUGCCAGUCUACAGCCCAGCUGGGCUCAUGGGCGAGCUUUCAAGCGAUUGGAUGGAACGAUGGACUGCUGCAGCAACAACAGCCUGACAGACCUCUGCUUCUCUUACGUCAAGCCGCAAAGCAGGAACAGCAGAGACAGAGAGUACGCCUGUAUGCCGGUGCGUAAGAUGGUGACGGGGACGCGAGCGUGUCGCACCGACAGCGAGUGCGCCGCACAGUCCAACACCGCCAGCGUUUGUGUCACUCCCUCUCUGGAGAACCAGACUCGCUUCAUCCGUGUCACACACCCCCCAAACACACACAUGCUGUUUGUAGGGUAUCCGCCGCACCUGCAGUACUCUGUGAGUCUCACAAACUUUGUCCCCCGCUUUGGUUUCCUCCACCUGGAUCUGCCCGUCUUCUUGGAGACCUUCUGCAAAUAUGUGGUUUCUCUCUCCGGUGCUUUAGCGGUAGUCAACUCCGUACCGUGCUUUGCUCUCGACGGUCAAUGGAUGCUCAACGCCUUGCUGGAGGCCACGCUGGUUACUGUGGUAACGGACCGCCAAAAGCGUGAGCUGAUUGGUUUCUUCCUGCUGCUGGCGGGCAGCGCCUUGCUGGCAGUCAACGUGGCGCUGGGCCUGUGGAUGGUCACGGCGCGGUAGCCACAGCGGUUAGCUAAAGUAAACGGAUGGAAAAAAAACCCCAUGUGGACUCAGAGUUGUUCUCGCAGGAUGUGUUUGAGACGUGUGGACCAUGAAACUGUGAACAUACUGGGAGCUGACUGCAUUUCCCAACAGUGCUGCCCAGUUUCUGGGGACAGUUGAGCAGAACAUUAAUCUGUUUUAAAGCCAUUUCUGGACCACAAGGAAAACAAUAAACAACUGACUUCUUUCUUCUUAAUACCGCCAUAUACACAGAAGCACAUAUACCAAUACAAAUGCACUUGCUAUUAUAAGCACUGUCACAUGUGACUGUUUACAAAGAUUGCACAAUCUUUCCAAAUUUGAACGGUAAAAUGUGUUUAAAGUUUGAGGAAAAACUUCUAAAACGCCAUAUUGUCUGGCUUCAGUGUGACGCAGAGAAAUAAUAUUAUUCAUGACUCGAGAGGAUAAUCGAAAGUAUCUGUGGGAAUGGGGGAAGAGACUUUAAAAAGCUUUCAUGUUAUUGUUGAAUGCAUGGCAAUACCUCAAUCUUGUACUCCAUAUCACUGUUGAAAAAUACCCAACUCAAAACAUUACUACCUAAUAUUCAUGUGACAGUGUCUCAAAAGAGCUGCCUCCUCAAAAGUAAAUAUAUUAAUUAGUUUGUCAAACAGACUCCUAGGGCUGGGUAUCAAUACUGAAGACUGAAAUCGAAACUUCUCCAACCUGCAUUCGAUCCUUUAUGUACUCCAGAUCUAGAGACGUGAUUGACCCACUAUCACCGAAGCUUCAACCCAAACAGUCUGUGAUGAUAACACUUCAUUGUACAGUUAUUUAAUAAAUAUUUAAAUAAUUUGAACAAUUUCAUAAUGUCUUUGUAUAAAAAUCAUUGGGAUGGGGAAGAGUGGCAGCAUUUUACGCAACUGAAUUCUACCAUUCACAUGAUGGGUAGCGAAUGAAUUAGGGAAAAAAACGGAUAAAAUGAUGUUAGCUAUUGGUAUUACUUUCACUUCAAGGGUACUGGUAUUGGUAUUGAUAUGGCAAUUUAAAAAAAAAAUCAAUACCCAGCCCUAUAGACACCUAUUCAUUUCAACUGUUUAAAACGUUGGCAGCCGAAUUAGAAAACAGAUUUGUCCCUGUUUCUCUUCCUCUGGCAUUAUAGUGAGAAAUUUACUUUCUCGUGCUCAUGUUGUAAAAUUUGAUUUGUCAAACUUGUUGAAUAAAAGACUGAUUUUAUUUAAGUGCUUUCAAGCAGUUU